AACAACCCAUUUCUUCUGUCAUCCAGAGCUGCCAGAGAACAAUCCUACUCCUUAACAAACAUUAUAAAUACAUGUCCUGUAAUUAAGUUUUUUGUACAUUACAUUUUACUACUACAAUAAUUCCAAAAUGGCUCGCCUAAAUGUUCUUGCCAUCGCCCUCCUUGCUGCUCUCAUUCCCAUUGCCACUCUCGCCAAAGAGAUCGUUGUCGGAGAUGAUGCAGGAUGGAUUACAAAAUUUGAUUAUGUAAGUUGGGCCAAGAAACAGGACUUCCAGGUCGGAGACACUCUAGUUUUCAAGUAUCCUCAGGGGGCUCAUAAUGUGAUUAAGGUGGAUGAAAAUGCCUACAAGAAUUGCGCUAUCCCACCGGCAGGUCCGGCAAAUCCGGUAUUGGCUUCAGGAAAGGAUGUGAUUUCUUUGGAUGCACCAGGAAAGAAAUGGUUCCUAUGUGCGAUACCCGGGCAUUGUGAGAAAGGUGGACAGAAGUUGGAGAUUGAGGUGAAAGCAGGAGGAGGAAAGACUGCAGCAGCACCUACUGCAACACCUACAGCAGCACCUAAGUUAGCCCCAGCUCCUACCGAUGCCAAGUCAGACAACAAAACAGCUGCCACUUCUCCAGCGGCCGCCACGCCCUCCGGUGACGGGGCUCCAGCUCCUGCACCCGCAAGCUCAGCAAACGGACUCAAUGGCUAUCAGCUACCUUUGGCAAUUGUGGGGGCAAUUGCAGCUCUGGCCAUCUUUUAAGUGCAACUAUUAGUUUAUUUUUAUUUCUUCAAAAAUGGGAUUUGAUUUUCUUGGUUUGGAAUGGUAAAUAUUUCUAAGUAAUAACGCUUUGAAAUAUUGCUGAAUCAAAUGAUUUUAAGAGAUUUGAACAAGUGUUUUGUAGUUUGGUUUUGACUUUUUCUUUUAGUUGGAACCAGCUAGCAUCGCUCAUAAUAUUCAAAAAAAAAAAAAAUUGCAAUUUUAAUGGCUUGGAAGGAAUAAUUUUCCUUCCAUUUUUUUUUUAUAAAACAAAUUGUAUAAUUGAAUCCGUCUAUGUCAAUAGAUUGAUAUAUAAUGACUGUUUUCGACCUUUUCAUGCCAUA